AUGGCCGGGAACAGAUUCAUGGACGUAGGAAUAUACCCUCAUGAAAUAUGCUGGAAUCAUUUCAAAAAUAUACAAUUGAAAUUUGAUCAGGAAAAAUCUAGAAAUCAUUGUCACAUUUGUGGCGGAAACAAAAAAUUAUUUGUAUGCUGCAACAAAGAUUGCUUCUCAGCGUUUUGUAAGGGAUGUAUAAAGAGGAAUGUGAGUUCAUCGCUUUUGGACGUAGAAAAGGAAGAUUGGAAAUGUUUUAUAUGUAAUCCUAAACCAAUUUGGGAUCUGAGGGCCGUAUGUGCUGCUGUAAUGGACUCUCUUUCCAAAAAGGAUAACAAGAAAAGUUUCAACAAGAUGGAAAAGCGUAGUUUACCAUCUCAGAUACAACGAAGAGAAAAAAUGGGAGAACUACAACAAAGGUCUUUACAAAAGUUGUGUGACAAAGAGGAUGACGAUUCUUCCGAAAAGUCAUUCGUUUCUGUAAGAAUCACGCCAAAAAAUCAUCGUACAAAUCCUAAUACAAGCUCCAUUCAGCAGAAACAAACAUUGGAAGUAGAUUUAACAUAUUCAUCCGAAAGCGAAGAUUUGUCUCGUGCACGAAACGAAAAUUCGACUGCUUUAGCUAAAAGAAAUAAAGGCGAGAGAGAUCAAAAAGUGAAAUCUAUACGGAAUUCUUCCGCACAGAAAGUUUCAAAAUCAGUUGCAAAAGAAAAAACUACAUCAAAGAAAUCAAAAAUAUCUAGUGAUUCGGAUGAUGAUUCUACUCAUACGUUACCGAAUAAAAUAGGAAAACAUACAGUUAAACGUAAUAGAUUUGAAAAAAUAAAACGUAAAACGAAUAGUCGUAUACAUUCUUCUGACAGCGAAAGUGAUGAGAACGAUACAAACAGAGUGUCGAGUGUAUUCAAAAGGAUUUUAAAAGAUACUAGACAACGGAAUAAGAAAAUGGAUAAUUUUUAUAAUGCAAAAUCGAGGGACAGGACAAAGAAAUAUGACUUAACUAUUGAAUCUGAAGAUGAAGAUAAAAAACGAAAUAGGAGAGAACGUUCGGAAACACCCUGGAUGAUACCGCACAAUAAUAAUGAUGAACGAAAACGUGUCGAGUCAUCGAAGCAACGACUUUCUGACAUUCAGAAAGAUGAUUCGGACAAUAGUUUCGGUAAAGAAUGUCAGAAAAUAAAACUUCAAAAGGUGAAUCGCAAUAAAUACUCUAGGAGACAAUUGAUAGACUUGGACGUAGAUCAUACUAAGUCACCCAAAAAUUCUACGAAUGAUCAGAGUGGUAAAGAUAUCAACGAACAAUCGAAUCUGAAUGUUAGCUAUAUAAAAAAAAUCUUAACGGGGUGUAAGAAGACGUGUUUAAACUUUCAAAUGUAUAUCGAAAAAAGUAUAGAGCAGUUAUAUGGCAAACAAGAAAAUGAAGAACAACUCGUGUUGCAGUCUAUAGAAAAAAUUGAUAAUUUAAUAACUACAUUAAAGAAAAACUCAAAAAAUUUAACAACUUGGCAAUUGUGGUCUAGGAAUAAGAAAAAAUCUACUAUGAGGAGAAAGUUAAACAAAAUAGUUAGCGAUAACGAACAAUACUUAGAAGAACGUGAGAAACACACAGUGAGCAUGGAUAAACACAUCUCCGGCGAUGAGCAGGACGGAAAUAAGGCCGUGUUUGAAUGUGAAAGCGAAGAAAUAUUUUCAGCGGAUGAAAUCAGAUCGCCGCAGAAGAUACAGACGACUGGACACAAAGUAGCAAGAACGGAAAACAAUCUCAAUAACAAUGAAACUAAUACCGACGAUGAAAAUAAAAUGUUAGUGGAUGAAUCGAAGAAUAACGAUAAAAAUAAUGUGGACACGCGAGAUGAUUUGGCCGCUUCUCCUGUAUUAGGUGUAAAAGAGAGGAGGGCCAGCAUGGAACUAUCAAAUAAAAAGCAAGUGUCUUCAGAAUGCAAUAAGAGCAUCAACAAGACACAAUUGACGGAUGAAAAUACUAAACAGACAAGUUUAAAUACUGAUAACCAGACCGAGAUUGAAGAUUCUUCUUUAAGAAGUAGCAUUAAGAAAGUGGUAUUAGGAAAUGAUGAAACAAAUCGUUCGAACAGAAAGAAUAUAAUCAAUGUGUCAAUGGAUAUGUUCGAAACAUCUCCCGAAGAUGCAGAAGAAAGCAGAACGGAAGUCGAACUAAAUGUAGAAACAAAUUGCGAUAAAGACGAACUUUUGCAUUCCAAGGAUACAUCUUUAAAUCCUUGCAAAAGUUCGUUGCAAGAUACCGUUUUAAACGAAAAAGAGGGAACAUCUCUUUUAACCGCUGACAGUGGAAAAGGAAAGGAUUUGUCGAAUCAAGAUAAUCAGGAGAAAGUGGCAUCUGUAUCUGCAUUCAAUGAGGAAGCUGAUACCGAUUUGAAUCUAUCUGGCAAAACGAAUAUCGAUGAUAGCGAAUCUCUGGAUGACGCUGAAGCAUUGGCAAAGAAAGCUCUGUUGGUAACUUAUUCUGAUUCGGAUACAAUCUCUGAUGAAAAUAUAGCUAAGCCAAUUGAAGAUUUGAUUGCAAAUGAUACUGAUCGAACCGAAAUAAAAGACGCAACGGACCACAACAAUUCUGAUGUCAAUAGCGUUAGUGCAGUAAAGUUUUCAACACUUGUAAAGGAGACGAGUACUGAUGCUGAAAAGAAUACUGCGAUCGAAGCCAAAACUAAAGCUGAAGAGAAAAAAAAUGAUUCACCGGAUAAAAGAUCUUGCCAAGAAAUGAACUCUUCGGAGGAUGAGGAUGCCAAGGCAGAAAAGGCUACCAAAAAAGUUCUCUUGGAAUCAAAUUUAAACGAUUCUACAUUUUUAUCGCUCUCAUCGAAGUCGAAAAAGCUCGUCGACAAGAAAACCGAAUCGGAUUCUUCUGAGAAAAAUGCCAAAGCGAAACUAUGGCACCUAGCGUCUUUCAGCGAGAGUUCCAGUUCUGAAAUGGCAAAUAUCUCAAGGAGUACUAAACGUGCUCAUGAGCCUGAGAAUGACAGAGAAUCCAUAGUCUCCAGGAUAAAUAAGAGAAGAUUCAAACUCGACAAAAAUCAUUACUGCCAAAAUAAUGAGACAUUGAGAAUGUCCUGCGAAGUUCAUUUAACGCAAUUAAACACGAAAGUUUUUAAGUCCUAUUCCUGUGCAUUAAGAAAGUCAAGAGAGUAUCUGGAACAUAAGGCACUCAAAAG